AUGCCAGCGAGAACCCGCAAAAGAAAAACGUCAGAGGACGAGGAAGCAGGUACGGAGCAAGUCGCCAAGCCUGCGAGCAAGACGGCUCGGACGACCAAGAGAAAGCCCAAAGCCGCCCAGGAACAGUCGUCGAAGAGCGAUACAGGGGCUUUGAAGAAAGGGCGGACGGGCGCCAAGUCACAGAAGGGAUCUGGCACUGCUAGAGGCAGUGUGUUCAGCGCCAAGGUCGAUGCGAUUCUCAAAGAUGGUGGCGACCUUGGAUUCAACAAGGGAGCUGAUACACGGUGCGUGGUUUAUGAGAGUGUACGUGGACAUAUAAAGCACUUGCGAGAGUUGAUGGACGAAUUCGACACUGUCAACAAGAGCUCCAUCAACAUCAGGAAGCCUACCGAGGGCCAGCAGUGGGCUCAAGAUGCACAAGAUGUGGCAAAGGUGGACAAAAAGGCAAUGGAAGUUGCUAUCCAGAUGCUCAACAGCGUUGUGAUUGCCGGAGAGUACGCAAGUCCUUUGCGCGCAUCACCAGGCUCUGGCAGUGAGGUCGAGCAGGCCGCUUGGAGGUGGCUGCAAGGUGGCAUGCCAGCAGCCGAGGACACUUGGGGAUCGACGGCACGAGAGACUGUCCGGGCGUUUGCGGGAAUUACCAAGCUUUUGUCAUGA